AUGGUUGCCGCCUUCGACAUUCCCCAGCGCCCCGCCAACGUCGGCAUCAAGGCCAUCGAGAUGUACUUCCCCAAGAGGUGCAUCUCCGAGGAGGCUCUUGAGGAGUUCGACGGUGUCUCGAAGGGCAAGUACACCAUCGGUCUCGGCCAGAAGUUCAUGGCCUUCACCGACGACAAGGAGGACAUUAACUCCAUCGCCCUGACUGUCGUCUCCGGCCUUCUCGAGAAGUACAACAUCGACCCCAAGUCGAUCGGUCGUCUGGACGUUGGCACUGAGACGAUUAUCGACAAGUCCAAGUCGACCAAGACCCUCCUCAUGGACCUCUUCGCCGAGCACGGCAACCACGACAUUGAGGGCAUUGACUCGAAGAACGCGUGCUACGGCUCGACCGCCGCUCUCUUCAACUGUGUCAACUGGAUCCAGUCCGAGUCCUGGGACGGCCGCGACGCCAUUGUCAUGUGCGGAGACAUUGCCAUCUACAAGGAGGGCUCUGCCCGCCCUGUCGGCGGCAUGGGUGCUUGCGCCAUGCUCAUCGGCCCCAACGCCCCUAUUGUCAUGGAGCCCGUCCACGGCACCUACAUUGCCAACACCUGGGACUUCUACAAGCCCGACCUGAACGCUGAGUACCCCACUGUCGACGGCCCCUGGACCAUCAGGGCCUACCUCGGCGCUCUCGACAACGCCUACUCGACCUACAUCGACAAGGCCAACGCCUCGCGCGCCCGCGCCGCCAAGAAGGCCGCCGCCUCUGGCCAGGCCAACGGCACUGCCAACGGCACCUCGUCGCACGACGGCAUCAACCAGUUCGACUACGUCUGUCUGCACUCGCCGUACGGCAAGCUGGUCCAGAAGGGCCACGCCCGUCUCUUCUACAACGACUACCUCCGCGACCCGUCCAACCCCGAGUUCGCCUCGAUCCCCGCCGAGCUCAAGGACAGCGAGAAGGAGAAGACGUACAUGGACAAGACUGUCGAGAAGGCGUUCAUGGCCCACGCCGGCGAGCACUACAAGCGCGCGACGGACCCUGCCUCGUCGUGCGUCAAGCGCUGCGGCAACAUGUACACUGCGUCGCUGUACGGCGCGCUCUCCUCGAUUGUGAACAACAUCCCCGCCGACGAGCUCAAGGGCAAGCGCAUCGGCAUGUUCGCGUUCGGUUCUGGCUGCGCGGCCUCCUUCUACGGCCUCCGCGUCGACGGCGACGUGUCCGAGAUCAAGCAGAAGAUGGACCUCACCAAGCGCCUCGACGCCAUGGAGGUCGUCCCCUGCCAGGACUACGUCGACGCCCUCAAGCUCCGCGAGGAGAACCACAACGCCGUCGAGUACGUCCCCAAGGGCUCCAUUGACAACAUCUGGCCCGGUGCGUACUACCUCGACAACAUUGACAACCUCUUCCGUCGCUACUACAAGAAGAAGCCUGUUGCCUAA